UCUGGAAUAAUGGAUGUAAAGGAUCGGCGACAUCGCUCUUUGACCAGGGGACGGUGUGGCAAGGAGUGUCGCUACACCAGCUCCUCUCUGGACAGUGAGGACUGCCGUGUGCCCACGCAGAAGUCCUACAGUUCCAGUGAGACCCUGAAGGCUUAUGACCAUGACAGCAGAAUGCACUACGGAAACCGAGUCACAGACCUGGUGCACCGGGAGUCCGAUGAGUUUUCUCGACAAGGGACUAACUUCACCCUGGCAGAAUUGGGAAUCUGCGAGCCCUCCCCACACCGAAGUGGUUACUGUUCCGACAUGGGGAUCCUCCACCAGGGCUACUCCCUGAGCACUGGGUCUGAUGCGGACUCGGACACCGAGGGAGGGAUGUCUCCAGAACAUGCCAUCAGACUGUGGGGACGAGGGAUAAAAUCCAGGCGCAGCUCUGGCUUGUCCAGCCGCGAGAACUCGGCCCUUACUCUGACUGAUUCUGACAAUGAAAAUAAAUCGGAUGACGACAAUGGUCGUCCCAUUCCACCUACAUCCUCGUCUAGCCUCCUCCCAUCUGCUCAGCUGCCUAGCUCCCAUAAUCCUCCACCAGUUAGCUGCCAGAUGCCAUUGCUAGACAGCAACACCUCCCAUCAGAUCAUGGACACCAACCCUGAUGAGGAAUUCUCCCCCAAUUCAUACCUGCUCAGAGCAUGCUCAGGGCCCCAGCAAGCCUCCAGCAGUGGCCCUCCGAACCACCACAGCCAAUCAACGCUGAGGCCCCCUCUGCCACCCCCUCAUAACCACACCCUGUCCCACCACCACUCCUCGGCCAACUCCCUCAACAGGAACUCACUGACCAAUCGGAGGAGUCAAAUCCACGCCCCAGCUCCUGCACCUAAUGACCUGGCCACCACCCCAGAGUCCGUUCAGCUCCAGGACAGCUGGGUGCUGAACAGUAACGUGCCGCUGGAGACUCGGCACUUCCUCUUCAAGACGUCCUCUGGAAGCACACCCCUGUUCAGCAGCUCUUCCCCGGGAUACCCUUUGACCUCAGGGACCGUUUAUACACCACCACCCCGCCUGUUGCCGCGGAAUACAUUCUCCAGGAAGGCCUUCAAGCUGAAGAAACCCUCCAAAUACUGCAGUUGGAAAUGCGCUGCCCUGUCGGCCAUCGCCGCUGCCCUCCUCUUGGCCAUUUUGCUGGCGUAUUUCAUAGCAAUGCAUCUGCUCGGACUCAAUUGGCAACUCCAGCCGGCAGAUGGACACACCUUUAACAAUGGCGUAAGGACCGGCUUACCAGGAAACGAUGAUGUGGCAACAGUGCCAUCUGGAGGCAAAGUGCCCUGGUCAUUGAAAAACAGCAGCAUAGACAGUGGCGAAGCAGAAGUUGGUCGACGGGUGACACAGGAAGUCCCACCAGGGGUGUUUUGGAGGUCCCAGAUUCACAUCAGUCAGCCCCAGUUCUUAAAGUUCAACAUCUCCCUGGGGAAGGACGCCCUCUUUGGUGUCUAUAUAAGAAGAGGACUGCCACCAUCUCACGCACAGUAUGACUUCAUGGAACGCCUGGACGGAAAGGAGAAAUGGAGUGUGGUCGAGUCACCCAGGGAACGCCGCAGCAUCCAGACCCUUGUGCAGAACGAGGCUGUGUUCGUGCAGUACUUGGAUGUGGGUCUCUGGCACCUAGCCUUCUACAAUGAUGGCAAGGACAAGGAGAUGGUCUCCUUCAACACCGUUGUCUUAGAUUCAGUGCAGGACUGUCCACGAAACUGUCACGGGAAUGGCGAAUGCGUGUCUGGACUGUGUCACUGUUUCCCAGGAUUCCUCGGAGCAGACUGCGCUAAAGCCGCCUGCCCUGUCCUCUGCAGCGGGAAUGGGCAGUAUUCCAAAGGAACGUGCCAGUGCUACAGCGGCUGGAAAGGUGCAGAAUGCGACGUGCCUAUGAACCAAUGCAUCGAUCCUUCCUGUGGGGGCCAUGGCUCCUGCAUUGAUGGGAACUGCGUGUGCGCUGCUGGCUACAAGGGCGAGCACUGUGAGGAAGUUGAUUGCUUGGAUCCUACCUGCUCCAGCCAUGGUGUCUGUGUGAAUGGAGAGUGUCUAUGCAGCCCUGGCUGGGGUGGUCUCAACUGUGAGCUGGCGAGGGUCCAGUGCCCAGACCAGUGUAGUGGGCAUGGCACUUACCUCCCGGACUCCGGCCUCUGCAGCUGUGAUCCGAAUUGGAUGGGUCCCGACUGCUCUGUUGAAGUGUGCUCAGUAGACUGUGGCACUCACGGCGUCUGCAUCGGGGGAGCCUGCCGCUGUGAAGAGGGCUGGACAGGCGCGGCUUGUGACCAGCGCGUGUGCCACCCCCGCUGCAUUGAGCACGGGACCUGUAAAGAUGGCAAAUGUGAAUGCCGAGAGGGCUGGAAUGGUGAACACUGCACCAUUGGUAGGCAAACGGCAGGCACCGAAACAGGCACAUAUUGCUUUAUUUUCAUAAAUCGUAGAUCGAUAGUGACGGUCGCGCAUUGCAACGGGCUGUUCCCUCAGGGUCACGUGUGCCGUCCAAUAGCCCACCGCCUCUCCAAAUCUCUGCGGGAUGGCUGCCCUGAUUUGUGCAACGGUAACGGGAGAUGCACACUGGGUCAGAACAGCUGGCAGUGUGUCUGCCAGACCGGCUGGAGAGGGCCCGGAUGCAACGUUGCCAUGGAAACCUCCUGCGCUGAUAACAAGGAUAAUGAGGGAGUCAUAGAGUAUGACACAGAGUAUCACCAUCUGGUAUCAAAGUCACCUCCGCUUCAUGGCCCCUGGAGUCAGCCUCAGGUAUUCAAAGAUGCAUCCUUCUUGGUGUCUCUGAUCCGAGGCCAAGUAGUAACCAUGGAUGGGACUCCCUUGGUGGGUGUGAAUGUGUCCUUUGUCAAGUAUCCAAAAUAUGGCUACACCAUUACUCGCCAGGACGGCACGUUUGACCUGAUUGCCAAUGGGGGUUCUGCCUUGACUCUUCACUUUGAGCGAGCCCCUUUCAUGAGCCAGGAGCGCACGGUGUGGCUGCCGUGGAAUAGCUUCUAUGCCAUGGACACCCUGGUAAUGAAGACCGAGGAGAACUCCAUCCCCAGCUGUGACCUCAGUGGCUUUGUCCGGCCAGAUCCAAUCAUCAUCUCCUCUCCUCUGUCUACCUUCUUCAGUGCUUCCCCUGCAGCGAACCCUAUUGUGCCUGAGACCCAGGUUCUUCAUGAAGAAAUCGAGCUCCCGGGUACCAAUGUGAAGCUCCGUUAUCUCAGCUCUAGAACUGCAGGGUACAAGUCGCUACUGAAGAUCACCAUGACCCAGUCCACGGUGCCCUUGAACCUCAUCAGGGUUCACUUGAUGGUUGCUGUAGAGGGGCAUCUCUUCCAGAAGUCAUUCCAGGCUUCUCCCAACCUGGCCUACACAUUCAUCUGGGACAAGACAGAUGCGUAUGGCCAAAGGGUUUAUGGCCUAUCGGAUGCUGUUGUGUCUGUUGGGUUUGAAUAUGAGACGUGCCCCAGUCUCAUCCUGUGGGAGAAAAGGACAGCCCUGCUUCAGGGAUUUGAGCUGGACCCUUCCAACCUUGGAGGCUGGUCCCUGGACAAGCACCACACCCUCAAUGUGAAAAGUGGAAUACUACACAAAGGCACAGGGGAGAACCAGUUCCUGACCCAGCAGCCCGCCAUCAUCACAAGCAUCAUGGGCAACGGUCGACGCAGAAGCAUCUCCUGUCCCAGCUGCAACGGCCUUGCUGAAGGCAACAAACUGUUGGCCCCUGUGGCCCUGGCUGUGGGGAUCGAUGGGAGCCUCUUUGUCGGUGACUUCAAUUAUAUCCGGCGCAUCUUCCCCUCCCGAAAUGUGACCAGUAUCUUGGAGUUACGCAACAGCCCAGGACACAAGUACUAUUUGGCUGUGGACCCGGUGACCGGCUCGCUCUACGUCUCUGACACCAACAGCCGCCGAAUCUACCGAGUCAAAUCACUGAGCGGAGCCAAAGACCUGGCUGGGAAUUCGGAAGUCGUGGCAGGGACUGGCGAACAAUGUCUACCCUUCGAUGAAGCCCGCUGUGGGGAUGGAGGGAAGGCUGUGGACGCCACCCUGAUGAGCCCUAGAGGUAUCGCAGUAGACAAGAAUGGGCUAAUGUACUUCGUUGAUGCCACCAUGAUCCGGAAGGUCGACCAGAAUGGAAUCAUCUCCACCCUGCUGGGCUCCAAUGACCUCACAGCUGUCCGGCCCCUGAGCUGUGACUCUAGCAUGGAUGUGGCCCAGGUCCGCCUAGAAUGGCCGACAGACCUCGCCGUCAACCCGAUGGACAAUUCCCUCUACGUACUGGAGAACAACGUCAUCCUGCGAAUCACGGAGAACCACCAGGUCAGCAUCAUCGCGGGACGGCCUAUGCACUGCCAGGUUCCCGGCAUCGACUACUCGCUCAGCAAACUUGCCAUCCACUCUGCUCUGGAGUCGGCCAGCGCCAUCGCCAUUUCUCACACCGGGGUGCUCUACAUCACAGAGACGGACGAGAAGAAGAUCAACCGCCUACGCCAGGUCACCACCAACGGAGAGAUCUGCCUCUUGGCAGGGGCGGCCUCAGACUGUGAUUGCAAAAACGAUGUCAAUUGCAUCUGCUACUCGGGAGAUGAUGCUUACGCCACAGACGCCAUCCUAAACUCGCCGUCUUCCUUAGCCGUGGCUCCGGACGGCACCAUCUACAUCGCAGACCUUGGGAAUAUCCGGAUCAGGGCGGUCAGCAAAAAUAAACCUGUUCUUAAUGCAUUCAACCAGUACGAGGCCGCGUCUCCGGGAGAACAGGAGUUGUACGUGUUCAACGCGGAUGGUAUCCAUCAGUACACUGUGAGCCUGGUGACAGGGGAGUACUUGUACAAUUUCACGUACAGUGCUGACAAUGAUGUCACCGAGUUGAUAGACAACAACGGGAAUUCCCUAAAGAUCCGCCGGGACAGCAGUGGCAUGCCCCGCCACCUGCUCAUGCCGGAUAAUCAGAUCAUCACCCUCACCGUGGGCACCAAUGGAGGCCUCAAAGCCGUGUCCACACAGAACCUGGAGCUCGGCCUCAUGACUUACGACGGGAACACUGGACUCCUGGCCACCAAGAGUGAUGAAACCGGAUGGACAACUUUUUAUGACUAUGAUCAUGAGGGUCGUCUGACCAAUGUGACACGCCCCACGGGGGUGGUGACCAGUCUGCAUCGGGAAAUGGAGAAAUCCAUCACCAUUGACAUUGAGAACUCCAACCGUGAUGACGACGUCACUGUGAUCACCAACCUCUCUUCAGUGGAGGCCUCCUAUACAGUGGUACAAGAUCAAGUGCGGAACAGCUACCAGCUCUGCAACAAUGGAACCCUGCGGGUAAUGUACGCCAACGGCAUGGGGGUCAGCUUCCACAGCGAGCCCCACGUCCUCGCAGGCACCAUCACCCCCACCAUCGGGCGCUGCAACAUCUCUCUGCCCAUGGAGAACGGCUUGAACUCCAUCGAGUGGCGCCUGAGGAAGGAACAGAUCAAAGGCAAAGUCACCAUCUUCGGGAGGAAGCUUAGGGUCCACGGAAGGAAUCUCCUGUCCAUCGAUUAUGACCGGAAUAUCCGUACAGAGAAGAUCUACGAUGACCACCGGAAAUUCACCCUGAGGAUCAUCUACGACCAGGUGGGCCGCCCCUUCCUGUGGCUUCCGAGCAGUGGGUUGGCAGCCGUCAACGUCUCCUACUUCUUCAACGGGCGCUUGGCCGGCCUCCAGCGUGGGGCCAUGAGCGAGAGGACAGACAUUGACAAGCAAGGCCGGAUUGUGUCCCGCAUGUUCGCCGACGGGAAAGUCUGGAGCUAUUCCUAUCUUGACAAGUCCAUGGUCCUCCUGCUACAGAGCCAGCGUCAGUACAUAUUUGAAUAUGACUCCUCUGAACGCCUCCAUGCAGUCACUAUGCCCAGUGUCGCCCGGCACAGCAUGUCCACGCACACCUCCAUUGGCUACAUCCGAAACAUUUACAACCCACCUGAAAGCAAUGCAUCAGUCAUCUUUGACUACAGUGACGACGGCCGCAUCCUAAAGACAUCUUUCUUGGGCACUGGGCGCCAGGUGUUCUACAAGUAUGGAAAACUCUCCAAGUUAUCGGAGAUAGUCUACGACAGCACUGCCGUCACCUUUGGGUACGAUGAGACCACCGGCGUCCUGAAGAUGGUCAGUCUCCAAAGCGGGGGUUUCUCCUGUACCAUCAGGUACCGAAAGGUUGGGCCCCUUGUGGACAAGCAGAUUUACAGGUUUUCUGAGGAAGGCAUGAUCAACGCCAGGUUUGAUUACACCUAUCAUGACAACAGCUUCCGCAUCGCCAGCAUCAAACCUGUCAUAAGCGAGACCCCCCUUCCCGUUGACCUCUACCGCUAUGAUGAGAUUUCCGGCAAGGUGGAACACUUCGGCAAGUUUGGGGUUAUCUACUACGACAUCAACCAGAUCAUCACCACUGCUGUCAUGACACUCAGCAAGCACUUUGACACCCAUGGGCGCAUCAAGGAAGUGCAAUAUGAGAUGUUCCGGUCCCUCAUGUACUGGAUGACUGUGCAAUAUGACAGUAUGGGCAGGGUCAUCAAGAGGGAACUGAAACUGGGGCCCUAUGCCAAUACCACAAAGUACACCUAUGACUAUGACGGGGACGGCCAGCUCCAGAGCGUGGCUGUCAAUGACCGGCCUACCUGGCGCUAUAGCUAUGACCUCAAUGGGAACCUGCACCUGCUAAACCCAGGGAACAGUGCUCGCCUCAUGCCCUUACGCUACGACCUCCGUGACCGGAUAACCAGGCUGGGGGACGUGCAGUACAAAAUCGAUGAUGAUGGCUAUUUGUGCCAGAGAGGGUCGGACAUCUUUGAGUACAACUCCAAGGGCCUUCUAACGAGGGCGUACAACAAGGCCAGCGGGUGGAGCGUCCAGUACCGCUAUGAUGGCGUGGGCCGCCGGGCUUCCUACAAGACCAACCUGGGCCACCACCUACAGUACUUCUAUUCUGACCUCCACAACCCCACACGGAUCACCCAUGUUUACAACCACUCCAACUCUGAGAUCACCUCGCUCUACUAUGACCUGCAGGGCCACCUCUUUGCCAUGGAAAGCAGCAGUGGGGAAGAGUACUAUGUUGCCUCAGACAACACCGGGACUCCUCUGGCUGUUUUCAGUAUCAACGGCCUCAUGAUUAAGCUACUGCAGUACACAGCCUAUGGGGAGAUCUACUACGACUCCAAUCCAGACUUCCAGAUGGUCAUCGGCUUCCACGGAGGCCUCUAUGACCCCCUCACCAAGCUCGUCCACUUCACUCAGCGUGAUUAUGAUGUGCUGGCAGGACGGUGGACGUCCCCUGACUACACCAUGUGGAGGAACGUGGGCAAGGAGCCAGCCCCCUUCAACCUGUACAUGUUUAAAAACAACAAUCCACUCAGCAAUGAGCUAGAUUUAAAGAACUACGUGACAGACGUGAAAAGCUGGCUUGUGAUGUUUGGAUUUCAGCUCAGCAACAUCAUUCCUGGAUUCCCCAGAGCCAAAAUGUAUUUUGUGCCUCCCCCCUAUGAACUGUCAGAGAGUCAAGCUAGUGAGAAUGGACAGCUCAUUACAGGUGUCCAGCAGACAACCGAAAGGCAUAACCAGGCCUUCCUGGCUCUGGAAGGACAGGUCAUCUCUAAAAAGCUCCACGCCAGCAUCCGAGAGAAAGCAGGCCACUGGUUUGCAACCACCACGCCCAUCAUCGGCAAAGGCAUCAUGUUUGCCAUCAAAGAAGGGCGGGUGACCACGGGUGUGUCCAGCAUCGCCAGUGAGGACAGCCGCAAGGUAGCAUCGGUGUUGAACAACGCCUACUACUUGGACAAGAUGCACUACAGCAUCGAGGGCAAGGACACGCACUACUUUGUGAAGAUCGGCGCCGCGGAUGGUGACCUGGUCACGUUGGGAACCACCAUUGGGCGCAAGGUGCUGGAGAGCGGGGUGAACGUGACGGUGUCACAGCCCACGCUGCUGGUAAACGGUAGGACUCGAAGGUUCACCAACAUUGAGUUCCAGUACUCCACGCUACUACUCAGCAUCCGCUACGGCCUCACCCCCGACACGCUGGACGAAGAGAAGGCCCGCGUCCUGGACCAAGCGAGACAGAGGGCCCUGGGCACUGCCUGGGCCAAGGAGCAGCAGAAAGCCAGGGACGGGAGAGAGGGCAGCCGCCUGUGGACGGAGGGCGAGAAGCAGCAACUCCUGAGCACGGGUCGGGUGCAAGGUUAUGAGGGCUAUUACGUGCUUCCGGUGGAACAGUACCCGGAGCUGGCAGACAGUAGCAGCAACAUCCAGUUCUUAAGACAGAAUGAGAUGGGAAAGAGGUAACAAAAUAACCUGCUGCCGCCUCUUCUCUGGGUGGCUCAGCAGGAGAACUGUGACCUCCUCUCCUAAGGAGACGAAGACCUAACAGGGGCACUGAGGCCAGGCUGCUUUAGGAUCCCAAGUGGCAAGAAAGCUCACAUUUUUUGAGUUCAAAUGCUACUGUCCAAGCGCAAAGUCCCUCAUCCUGAAGUAGACUAGAACUCGGCCACAAAUUCUGAGGAAAACAAAACUAAAGGAUGAACGAACGAACGAAUGAACGAAAACACACACAAAAUGUUUCAAGUUCCCCUAAAAUAUGACCCACUUGUUCCGGGUCUAAGGCAGAAAAGAGACGCAGAAUAGCCGAAAGGAAAGGAACAGAAAAGAAACAAAUUUAAAAAAAAAAUAAAAAAAUAAAAAAUAAAAGCAAACAAAAAGACAAAGACACCGACCGUACAGACGAAGAAAUGAAGACGAGAAGGCCUCAUAUUCUAAUACCUCACUCACUGACACCGGAGCAAAACACAAGGGCCGGCAUCACCAGACCAGCUGAGGACGACUCAGACUGACUGUUGAACGAACACUUGCGACGUUUUUUCGUUUAAGCAAAUACAGGUGCAUUUAAAAACACGACUUUGGGGGUGAUUUGUGUGUAGCGCCUGGGGAGGGGGGAGCACAAACGCGGAGGAUCGAGCACUGGAAAUACUUUUUAAAGAAAAAGAAAAACACAAGAAAAAAAAUCAGUAUCAGAAGUCAAAGCGAAACAAUACCGUCCGGCACUUAACACUCAGGUCCCCACUUAGUCAGGCCUGAGCUAAUUUAUUUGAGCGCAGAGUGUAAAAUUUUAAUUCAAAAUGGUGGCUAUACUCACUACACAUAAAUCUCAUACUCUUUUUGUCUUUGGAGAUUCCAUUGUGGACAGUAAUACGCAGUUACAGGGUGUAGUCUGUUUAGAUUCCGUAGUUCGUGGGUAUCAGUUGCGGUAGAGAUGCAACAUUUGUGACUCUGUUGCUAACGGUUACCACUUCCGAUCGCCCUGUACAUAAAUAUGCCGUAAGGCGCAAUCACUGUUUCAGACUUAAAAAUUAUUAGUGUGUUUGUUUGGUCCAGAAACUGAGACAAUCACAUGACAGUCACCACGAGGAGAGAAAAAUAAAAAAUAAAUAAAUAAAUAAAAAACAAAAAAAAAUUUUAAAAAGUGAAAGAAAAAACACACAAAAAAAGUCUAAUAAGAACUUUGGUAC